AUGUCUAAAAUGGGAUCGGACCGACAGCCCACCACUGGAACUUGCUUUGCUCUCGCUCCGCUCAUUCCCACCUGCCUUCUUCCCACUAAAGCGAGAGUCACCCUAGCAGGAACCUCACAAACCUUUUCAGUCUGUUACUCUACUGGGGCCCCCGCCAGCUUUACCCCUCCCCCCAAAAAACCAAAGUCCGUCGGGCCGACGACAACCCGCGACAAUCAUACCAGGACUAACGAGAUCUUUCUCUCCCUCUUUUUUUGCGCCAAACCUGUCAGCCCGGCCAGGGCGCACAGAGGUGUGUCCCGAGAUAUAGUCAAAGAAAAAACCGGCUUACCCACUUUCGGUCAGCUGCCCCUCAGCCGCUUCAGGGGACUCUCCUCUUUCACAUUUGCUACCAUAAACGAACCCCAGCUUUCACCACUUAACUUUCGUAUCUACAAAGAAUCUUUACUUAACUAUGACUUCUAUCUUCAACCUUGCCUCAUCGAGGUCGGCUCGCGCGUAUGGAUGAGGACUCGCAACCAGGAAUUAAGCAAAGUCAAGCGGACUGUUGGUCCCCUUGCUUUCGGUCUUGUUCACCUAAACCUUCUUGUAAUAGUGAAAUCUGAUGAGCUCUCUGGGCAUCCCUUGUUUUAUUGA